UUCAAUAACUUUAUUCCCCCUCUCCCCCCCUUUUUUUUCAUUUUUCAAGCAUGGGAGGUACUAUACCACCUGCUCCGGAUAAUGCCUCUGCAGAGACAGUGAAGGACAAAACAGAGAAGCAGCCAGAGGAGCCAGUUAAGUCGCCAGAGCCCGAGAGUGAGGAGAGUGACUUAGAAAUUGACAACGAGGGGGUGAUUGAACCAGACAAGGAUGAUCCCCAAGAAAUGGGAGAUGAAAAUGUGGAGGUAACUGAAGAGAUGAUGGACCAGGCUGAUGAGAAGAAGAUAGAGGGCAUCCAUGCCCUAGGUGAAGGUGAACUUCAGAAAGCUAUUGACUUGUUCACUGAAGCAAUCAAGUUGAAUCCUCAUUUGGCCAUCUUGUAUGCUAAGCGAGCCAGUGUCUUUGUGAAACUACAGAAACCAAAUGCUGCCAUUAGAGACUGUGACAGAGCCAUUCAAAUAAACCCAGAUUCAGCACAAACCUACAAAUGGCGAGGGAAAGCUCACAGACUCCUGGGUCACUGGGAGGAGGCGGUACAUGACCUUGCAUUGGCUUGUAAACUGGAUUAUGAUGAAGAAGCUAGUGCCAUGCUGAAGGAGGUGCAGCCAAGAGCUCAGAAGAUUGUUGAACAUCGCAGGAAGUAUGAGCGCAAGCGUGAAGAAAAAGAAAUCAAGGAAAGGCUGGAGAGGGUGAAGAAAGCCCGAGAGGAACAUGAGAGAGCACAGAGGGAGGAAGAAUCCCGGCAACAGGCAGGAGGAGCUCAGUUUGGUGGCUUUCCAGGUGGGUUUCCUGGAGGAAUGCCUGGAGGUAUGCCAGGCAUGGCAGGGAUGCCCGGUCUCAAUGAAAUUCUUAGCGAUCCAGAAGUUCUUGCAGCCAUGCAGGAUCCAGAAGUUAUGGUUGCAUUCCAAGAUGUUGCCCAGAACCCAGCAAAUAUGUCCAAGUACCAGAACAACCCCAAGGUCAUGAAUCUUAUCAGCAAACUGUCAGCCAAAUUUGGAAGUCAACCAUAAAUUUCCUUUUAAUAAAAUCAUACAUGUAUGGAAAAAAGAAUCGAUUACUUAAUAGAUGCAGAUGUUGCAAUAACACAAACCAUUGUACCUCUGAUCUUCUUAUGAAGAGAAGUGGGGUGCUCUAAAGAGAGCCUGCCUCUUGCCCCCAUGCAUCAAACUUUUUGCAAAGAUUGGUUACGUACACUUUCGAUCCUUCCUCUCUACCCAAGAGUUGCAACCAUUUGUUACAGGAAUUAAAUGCUAACUCCUUUGAAUUAAGCCUUAUAAUAGAUUGUAUUCUUUCAAUAAAUGGUCUGAUUUAGCAAAAAGUGGUUUUUAAUGCAAACUGUCAUCUUGGCUUUCACUUCCCAAUGAAUAAAGAAACAGGAAUUAUAAUAGCAGGGUCUGUUAUUAGCCUUAUGAGACAAGAAAAUUGGUCUAAUUGUACAGGGAGUUAAGGUGGGGACAAUUAUUUUCAAGUGUUAACUAAAUGAAGGAGGUGUCUGCAGGUACUUUUACACACCCUUAUAUUCACUUUACAUUUUGAUGAGUCACUGACUUCAGAUGGUGGUUAGAGCAAAACCAGUAAGUGUCACCAGUAUUGUAACAAAUUAUACACUGGAACUUCUGGCAGUACUGCCAACAAUGUUUAAAACUUAAAAUUGCCACUCUGUGGCUAUCCUUUACUCAUUCUGUUAUGAAACACAUUUUCUUGCAAAUACAGCUGAGGUUAGAUAGUUUACUUGCUAUAUUCCUGUCCAGCUUAUUGAUGUAAUACUGUGUAUUAUCUCUGCCCAAGUGGAUAAGGGAGAGCACACUACGGUCUGUAGCUCUGCACUUCUUCCCUGAUUGGCCAGACUAGUCAUACUCUUUCUGAUGCGACAACUUUUUUGCCAGGCUUCAUCUGUUUGAAUGUUAAAUAGAAGGAAACUUGUCCCUACCACAGCCUCUCUAUCCUGAACACAGGGAGUGAAAUGCUACGUCCUUUAAAGGCAGGAUAAACCCCACAAUAAAGCAACUCUGGGCUCUGAGGGAGUCUGAGUCUUAAUAUGCUUACAAAUGAACUCUCUGGCCAAAGUCUUCAACUUUCGUCUCUGUCCUCUCAUCUGUUCAGUCAGAGCAGUAGAGCCCUUUCCUACCACAGACACCCAGUCUUCCAUCUUGAUAUUAAGAAGAAAGUUAAUGCUAUUCCAGUUAACACUUGAGUUCAAUUCAUGGUUCUUCAGGUUUGGGAUAAGUAGGAGAAAAGUGCAUAUCUUUAACACUUUGUGAAGUUACAGCAUGGAUAUCCUUGGAACAAUGUGUCUUUGCUGGUAUGUUCAAUUGGUUUGGAACUAACACAGUGCAGACACUUGCUGCUUCCAUUUGUUUUUUGUCUUUACUAAACAUUGCCUCCUGCUCAUGUUGGAAAGUUUAUCAUAACUAGUUUCUGGUCAUUUUUGGGUCUUCUGAAAGUUUUUCUGUCUUGUGAUCUUGUAAUUCUAUAUCUUAAGCCAUAAUGGAUGUCACUUUUUAAUUAAAUCUGAACUUGUUUAAGAACUCAACAACAGAUGUAAAAAUAACACAGACACACACACAAAUGCUUUAUUUCUCAUACUAAUAACCCUGCAAAAUGGAAAGAGAUGUGAAUUCUUUUUUGCUUAAUAAAUAUAGUUCUGAAAGACUUAGUUGCCUUUAAAAUAAAGUAUGGUUUUGAAAAAU